UCUUUUUGCUCGUAACGGAUAAAAAAAAAAAAAAAAAACAAAAAAAAAAUUAUUAAUUAAAAUUAAGAUAAAAAGAAUUUUUUUUUUUUAUUUUAUAAAAUUUUUCACCGUCCGAUUAUUUUUUGUCUCGAACUUUCGUUAUUGUUCUUUUUUUUUUUAUUCUGAAACAAAAACUCAAAAAAAAUACAAAAACAAAAAAAAUUGAAACCAUCGAAAUUUUUGAAAUUUUUAUUUUUGUGUAUAAUAAUAUUUAAAAUAUUCAUACAUACAUACAUUUAUAUGAAAAAGAAAAAAAAAAUCAAAAAUAAAAAAAAAUUAAAAUCAACAGCAAAAGUACAAUCAUACCAAAAACGGUAAUUCACAUGAAAAAACAUCAUGGUUAAAACAAACAAAGUAUAAAAAAUAACAAAAAAUAAAACAAAACUACAAAAAUUUUAUUCAAAAAAAAGAAGUACAGAACUUUAUAAAAAUUUAUAUUUUCAACGACAUCUAUUGAUAUUUAAGUAAAUUAUAAUAAUAAAAAAAUUAAUAAAUAAAUAAAAAAAAAUUUAAAGAAAUUUUCAAAAGAAAGGUGAAAGGGUUAGAAAAAAUUAUACAAAAUAAUAAGCAAUAAAUUAUAUAAAAAAAAUAAUAAAUAAAAUAAAUAAUUUUAAGAUUAAAUCAACUGGAAAAGUGAAUAAAAAAAAUAUUUAACCCUAUUCGGUUAACAGCUGAAAUACGGAACCCAAAAAACAAAAAAACGAAUUCAGCAAUAAAUGUAAAUUUUUUUAAAUUAAAAACUAUCAACUACAUUAUACUUACUUCAUUUCAACUACUUUUACUCCAAUGCACUAUGUUAACACUAAUAUUAUUAAAAAAUUAAGAGAAAAUCUUUAAUUUUUCUCCUAAUGUAAUUUAUGAAAGGACCAAAAAGAAAACGUUCGUUCCAUUUACAAAUGCUAUCGAAAGAAAAAUUUUUGUAUAUAAUUUCUAAUAUUAAUAAUUAUUUUCAAUUUAAUUAAUUCUAUUUAAUCAAAUUUAGUUAAUUGUACUGAAUAGAAAUUAAGAAUUCAAAAACAAAAAGACAUAAAUUUAGAAAAUAACGGUUUUUCCAGUUUUUAUGUUCAAAUUCAGAAAUGGUAACACCAAAAAUAUAAGAUUAAGAAAAAAAUUAGAUUAUAAUAAAAAAAACAACAACUUUUAAAAAAUAAUAAAAAUAUAAUUUUAAAAUAUAAUUAAAUAACCAAUUUUUAUAAAAGCAUAUAAUCGCUUUGAAUUAAAAUUUUAUCAUUUAAAAGCAAAAAAAUAACUGUAUUAAUUCUUUCAUUUGAUAAAAAUCUGAAAUUUUUAUAAAAAAUCACAAAAAAAAAAACGAAAUAAAACUUUGGAUGCUCAAAAGUACAUUAAAAUUUAAAAACAAAGAAAUUUAAUAAUAACGGCAUCACACCAACAAUCAAUGACAAUCAUAAACAAAAAUAUAACAACAACCGAUAGAGAGAGAGAGAGAGGUAAACCCAAGAGAGACUUUUAAUUUUAUUAGUUUGAAAGUUUGUUUUUAAAAGAUACGAACAUUGAUGCAAAUUAUUAAUAAAAUACGGAAAUACAUAAAUAUUUAUAUAUAUAUAAGAUUGUAUGCAGAGAAAUUAUAGAGAGAAACGUCAAAAUUAUAAAUUAUUUAUGGUAGUUGCUGAUAUCGGAGUAGCUAUAUUUGAAUUCAAGAGAGAAAUUUCAAAAAGAAACUUACACUCAUAUUUUUUUACUUUAAAAUUUUCUUUAAAUUUUCAACUUAUUUUGCAAAUUGAAAUGUACAAAAUAUAAAAAAUAUAGAAAAUUAAUGAAAAAUAAUUCGUAAAAACUAUUAUUAUGUAUGAAUGCGCGCAAUUAAAGCAAUUAUAAACCAAUGAACAUACAUACGAAAUAAAUCAAAAAUAAACGGAAAUAAAUGAAUAACUGUUUAACCUUAAUCAAGGUUAUUUUUAAAAUUACUCAAUUGUGUCAGCAUAAAUGUAUAAUGUUAUGUUCGGGAGGCAUCAUUUAUAAACGAAUCUAUAUUUAUUAUAACAUUAUCACAAGUUUAAUUUAAAAAUAGACACCAACCCAAACAUAUAAUAUUAAUAUACGUAAUAAAUAAAAUUAAAAUAUAAAAAUAUUAUUUUACGUCAUCGUCAUGGCUAUGGAAUGGGUUACAGCUAUUGAUAAGAGGCCAUGUGACAGAAAUUUACGAGAUGCUGAAUUAAUAUCAUGUAGAUUAAGAAGGGUUGAACCAUUAUGUAGAUUACCGGGUUCAGCUUUACAACAGUUAGCGAUGUGUGGAUUUUAUGAAGAUUUAGAAAAAGGUGUAACACUUUUCCGUGCCGGUGAACAAGGUAGAUUUUGGUAUGCAGUUUUGGGUGGUUCACUUGAAGUUCGAUAUCAUGCUCCAGACGCAGAAGGAAAGGUGCCAGUCACUCUAUGUAAUUUAGGUGUAGGAGCAACAUUUGGUGAAUCAAUUCUACAUGAUUUACCUCGUGAUAGUACAGUUGUUACUAAAACAACAUGUGAAUUGUUACGCGUAGAACAACAAGAUUUUCGUCUUAUAUGGGAGAAAAAUAAAGAAUUAAUGAAUGACAUUAUAACAAAUUGUAAAUUAAAGAAUGGAAAAAAUGGUUUUGGUACAAACGUAACACCAGCACAAGUUCCAACAUCGCCAACGAAAAGGCCUUUAAGUCCGGAUCACCCUAAUCCGGCAUUACCUAUUACAGAGAAUCCUAGUCCUGCAAUGUCUCGUAUUGGAUGGGCAUUAAGAACGUUACUUGUUUCAGAUAGUUCCAGUUGUCUUAAGGACAGAAAGGUGUCCGGAAAAUUAAUUAGAAAAUGUGCUCCGGGUACCGAAUUAGUUGACUGGCUUUUAAAUUUGUCACCAAUUGUACAUACAAGAGCUCAAGCGGCUGGAAUGUGGCAAGCUCUUUUAGAAGAAGGAAUUUUAGCUCAUGUAAAUAAAGAACAACCGUUUAAGGAUAAAUGCUUCUUGUAUAGAUUUCGUGCUGAUGAAGAAGGUACAGCUGGUGGACCACCACAAUCAGAUGAUGUUAAUUCUGCUAAUGAUCAUGUUAGAGAAGCUUUAGGUACACUAUUGCAACGCGGACCCGAUUCAACAUUACGAAUGAUUUUAAGGAAACCGUCACAUGAACGAAGUCAAGAAGAAUUAGAAUUGGUAUUUGAAGAACUUUUACAUAUUGCUGCACUAUCACAUUUAUCAACAAGCAUUAAAAGAGAAUUGGCCUCAAUAAUUGUGUUCGAAUCCCAUGCACAAGCUGGUACAAUAUUGUUUAAUCAAGGAGAUGAAGGUCGAUCAUGGUAUAUUAUAUUAAAGGGAUCCGUUGACGUUGUUAUACAUGGUAAAGGAACUGUUGCUACAUUAAAGGAUGGUGAUGAUUUUGGAAAACUUGCAUUGAUUAAUGAUGCACCAAGAGCUGCGACAAUAGUACUGAAAGAAAAUAACUGUCACCUAUUGAGAGUUGAUAAGGAACACUUUAAUCGUAUUUUAAGGGAUGUUGAAGCUAACACAUUACGUUUACAGGAGCAUGGAAAAGAUGUAUUAGUUUUGGAAAGAGUUGUCAAACAACGAGGACAUUCAGCAUUUAAGUAUACAGUUAUGUCGGGAACACCAUCAAAAAUGUUAGAACAUUUAUUAGAAACGAGAUUAGGUGGACAAGUGGGACCAAAUGAUCCAUUUUUGGAUGAUUUUUUAUUAACACAUAUUGUUUUUAUGCCAGUUCCUCAACUAGUCGAUGAAUUAUAUAACUACUUUCAUUGUGGCGGUGAAGGCGCUGAAACACCCGAAGAUCGGGAAUAUAUUAUUUCAUUUCGAAAACGUGUAGUACUUUUUGUACAAAAAUGGGUAAUAGCAGUUCGACAUGUAGUGUUUGAUGAUCCAACAGCCUGUGAUUUUAUUGAAGAUUUAGCACAAGAAGUUGAAGCUGAUCCUGAAUUACAUGAAGAAACUAGUAUAAUACAUCACGUAUUAUCACAAUUAUCGAGAUAUCAGGACGAUAGAAAUCAGCAUUGUGGACAAAAGUGGAAAUUACCACCAAACGGACAACCAAUAUGCUUAUUCAGCGGUAAUCCAACAUCAUCUAGAGUGGUUAUAAGACCAGAUGAUGAUAUCAUUUUUCGAGUUUAUUGUGCUGAUCAUACAUAUUGCACUUUAAGAUUCCCAUUACAUACAACAGCUGAAAUAAUUAAAGCAUGUGCAGCUGAUAAAUUACAAUUAAAUCGUGGACCAGAAGAUUUAAUUUUAGUUGAAGUAAAAUCAAAUGGUGAACGUUCCGUUUUUAAAGAUACAGAUGUCAGUAUACCAACUGGUUUAACAUUAAAUGGUCGUUUAUUUGUUUCAGUUAAGGAUCAUUUAGAUGCAUUGACACCAUUACCUGAACAAGAAGGUGCCACUGAGGGUAUUGAUAUCGAUAUCGAAAUAUUGAGUACCAAAGAAUUAGCUUAUCAUAUAACCUUAUUUGAUUGGGAUCUUUUUUGGGCUGUUCAUGAAUAUGAAUUAUUGUAUCACACAUUUGGAAGACAUCAUUUCGGAAAGAUAACUGCAAAUUUAGAUGUAUUCAUUCGAAGAUUUAAUGAGAUUCAAUAUUGGGUAGUGACCGAAAUUGUUUCAACGGCUAGUAUGAGUAAACGUGUUGGUCUUUUAAGAAAAUUUAUAAAAUUAGCUGCUUACUGUAAAGAAUAUCAAAAUUUAAAUGCAUUCUUUGCUGUUGUUAUGGGAUUAUCAAAUAUGGCAUGUUCACGUCUAACACAAACAUGGGAUAAAUUACCAUCAAAAUUUCGUAAAUUAUAUCAAGAGUUUGAAGCACUUAUUGAUCCAAGUCGUAAUCAUCGUGCAUAUAGAGUAUUUGUUGGUAAAUUACAACCACCAGUAAUUCCAUUUAUGCCACUAUUAUUAAAGGAUAUGACAUUUGCACAUGAAGGUAAUAAAACAAGUCUAGAUGGUUUAGUUAAUUUUGAAAAAAUGCAUAUGAUGGCGCAAACAAUGAGAACAAUAAGAUUUUGUAGAUCUCGACAUCUAGUUUUGGAUCCACCGUCACCAAAAAGCGAAGGAGAAGUUCGUUCAUAUAUUAGCUGUUUGCGUGUAAUUGAUAACCAAAGGACAUUAACUGCAAUGUCACAAAAAAUUGAACCAUCAAGAAAAAUGAACAACAUAAAUUAAAUUAAAUAAGAAAAUAAUUUCUUAUGGAAAUUUUAAAAUUAAAACCAAAUAAAUUUUAUCAAAAAUAAUUACAAAAAAGGAAAACAAUUUUAAAUAUAGUUUUAGGGUAAUAAAAUUAAUUUAAUGCAAAAUUUUUAAUUUAUUAAAAUAAAUUUCGUCUUAAUAAUUUUAUAUUAUU